UGUAUCUAGAUACUAUGCUUCAACCAAAGACACCCACAACUACAGAGACCACAGCUUCUACAACUCCUAAGGUACUGAUAAUAAUGGUAUUUCUGGUUGAGAAACAACUUAAUCUUCAACUCCUUAUGUUGGUUGACGAAAAAAUGUACCAAGAACUUCAACCUUUUUGAAAGAGGCUCCACCUCUGAAUAAAAAAUUUGUCAUACACAUGUAGGCUACUGAAUGUUAGCCAGAGAAUAUGGCAUAAUAGAUGGAGAAUUCUCCAAUCUCCGAUGCGUAAUGAACCCCCUGCUGAAGGUUUUAGGAUUAUAGCUAGGUUUGUGGUUACUUGUCCUGAUUUCACUCAUAAAUAUUUUGCUGUCUUCAUAUCAGACAUCAUAUAAGUUAACAUGUCUAAUAACUUUGAAAUCUGUGGAUGAAACAGAGUGUUUCAUUUACAGGUGCACAGGAGGGCAAGUAAAAUUAUUUUUGUUCAAGAACAUGUGUAGAUCCAGUUUGGUCAAGUUUCACAUCAUUAUAAUUGCUUAUAAACGUGGAUAUCUUUAGUCAUUAUUACAUCCUAAAAAUGACCCAACGAUCACCUUCACUUGUAUUUUGCCAUCGUUUUCUGGCAUUUUAGGUUCGUCACUGUCUGUUGUCUAGAAUAAACAGACUCAACUGCAAGAACUUGCAAUUACCAUUCAUCAGCUCAGAUUUGCCCUCUGAGAGACUAUAAGACACUACUUUCAUCUUACUGCUACAUGUAAGCAAGAUGGUAGGUAUCAAUAACAGAAAUCAUGCCUGUUGUGUUUUUCAAAACACAGAGUAUAUCAGCUCUUGGUAGAAGGUCAUGUGGACUGCGAAGGCCAUCAACUCCAUUUGUGUCACCUGUGAUGAAACGUCCCGAUGAGGGGAGUAGCAAGGUAGAAUACAGUCAACUCUCUCUAAGAUGGACACCUUUGGGACUGGCACUAAGUGUCCGUCUUAUAGAGAGUCAAAUAAAGGGAGUAAAGAAAGGCAGGGACCAACUCUAAGUGUCCAGUUUACAGAGGUGUCCAUCUUAUAGAGGUGUCCAUUAAGAGAGAGUUGACUGUAAUAAUUUAUUAUUAAUAUUGAUAAUGCCAAUAGCAAGCGGAAAAAUGUACUGCACCUUGAUGGGCUUUUGUGCGCCUCAUGUGAAGGGUUGCAACAUUAAAUUAUUAAGUACAAUAAGGUUGGGCUCUAAUGAAAUUUUGAAGGGAGCCCACACCUUUCGUGGAAAAACUAGGAUUUCCUAGUCACUUAAAGACACAACUGUUAGUUGCUAAGGGCAACUGAGCACAGCUAGAGCACAGCUGGGAUUAUCAUAUCUGAAACUGUUUCACUGGAUAACGAUCACUUCUUGAACUCAAUAAUAUUAUUAAUUUUAUAGUGUAAACAUGCAGCAAGAGAGACACUAAUUUCGUUACCUUCAGAUGAUUAUAAACCACAGUGAAACACUCAAAUUAGAUGUCUUAUUUUACAUCUCAGACCCAAGAUUUUGACAAGGCACAAAACUCUAUAGAACACUUUUGUUGUGCUUGGAAAAAAUUGCCUUAGUUUUGGAACCUUUUGUCAACACUGGGGAUGUCGUAGUGUUUAGAAAUAUAUAGUUUAGUUACAGUCAAAACUCAAAAGUUAUCAGUAAAUCAUUGAAAACAGAACCUCCAUUAAGCAACUCUUUUUUAAGGUGUCAAAUUUAUAAGCAUCCUGCCCUCAACAAAAUGGAAACGUAGCAUGCACAAUCUUAAACCUAAAUAACUUAAAAUUAUAAUCUUAAAAUGUCGUUGCUUUGCAGGAAAUUUAUAAUACACCUAAAAGAAGCAAGCAAGAUUAUGGAAACACUUUGUUAAAGGCACCAAUGGACUUGUGUUCUAAGAAAGGCGAUCAAAAUGAAGAUUCACUUGAGUUACUUGCAAGAAAAAGAGAGUUAAUAAAAAUCAUCCAAACAAAGGAGGAAUCUUUGAGAAAACUAAAACUUGUCAAGAUGUACAGGAAUAAGGUAAUCUCUUGGACAAACUUGCCAUUGAUACUUUUUCUUUUUAUGAGGAGGCGUUUGUGGUCGAGCGGUUAACACCUCGUACUCCGAUCUGGAUGGCCUGCGAAAACAUCCGUUUCUCCUCGCUCUUCGUCGCGCGAAACGUCCCCAGCGACGAAGAGCGAGGAGAAACGGAUGUUUUCGCAGGCUACGAUCAAGAGGUCCGGGGUUCAAGCCUUGCCCUCUGCGUUUUUUUGGCACAAGAAACUUUACUCCACUUUGUCUCUUUUCACCCAAGUGUAUAUAUGGGUACCGGUGACAUACUAUUUGGGGGUAACCCUGCGAUUGACUAGCAUCCCGUCCAGGGGAGCAGCAAUACUCCUAGGCUUGCUUCAUGUUAAGGAAACCGGAAGAAGCUCCGGCCGUUUGAGCCUAUGGCUCUUGUGCGCCUUUUUUAGUCUUUUUUUCUGCACUUCGUUUGGAUGAAAUGUGGGGGUUGACAGGGGGCUGGAAGCCCGGGAAAGUAGGGGGCAGGAGGGGUACGGGACGCGGAAGAGGAAAGGGUGGGAUCUGAGAAUUCUUAAAGGGUGGGAAGCGCGAGUAAUAGGGGGAAAUUUAAUACUGCUACAAAGGGGCUAAUUUAAUACUGCAACAAGGGGCUAAAGGAAGGAAGCCAAGAAAAAAGGGACGGGAAAUAAGAUAUUUUGAUCCCUGUAUCCCUCCUCAUUGAUAUGUAGUGAUAGUAAGGCGCAAAGAUACGUCAAAGAACGGAGACUAAUGUUCUACGCAGCCGUUCCUUGGCUCGUCACAAAACGUUCUAGCGGUAGACUAUAAAAGUGGCCCACGUGAAAACGGUUUUUUUCCUCGUCAUGCAACUGAUACACUCGUUUUUGGGCAUGAUGUUCUCCAACAUGGAACACAAACAAGAGAAAAUCAGAACCUGAAUAAAAAAGUAGAAAAAUAACUGAAGGACGCAUGUGUAAAACAAUCCUAGUAAUUGUGAGCCCAACGGAAAAUAGGACGUGAAAUGCAACGGAGGCUCUCCAUGUUCACAGCUUUUCAAAUAAGGAUAUUACUGGAUUUCUCAAAUGGCUGCUUAAUGUUGUGUGACACCGAGGCACCAUAGGUUUUCUGUGGAAUGCGUCGGGAAUCUUUGGGGUAGGCCGAAGGCCGAAGCCACCAGCACGGGUCACAAUUAGUGCUAGACAAAAACCGGAAACCUCGCAAGAAAGGUCUCAGGCAAUCAGGGUAUUUGUGUAAUUGCUUACAAGCAAGAGAGGAUAUUGCCAGCAUCUGUUAAGUAUUCGAGUAUAAAAGUUUUAACUUGUAAUGUUUCUGUUUUUUUUCUUUUUUGAUUUUGUAGAAUGACCUGACCCAGCUUCAAUCUCUUAUAGACAAGUGGCGGACAGUGAGUCAAGAAGCCGCUGAAAGGCUGUUGGGCAAAAUACACAUGGAUCCUCAGCCCACCAUGGGACAACUGUUAUCAAACCUGCAGGUUGAUAAAGAACUUAUUCACUACUCCGAAGACGAUGAAAGUUUCUACUGAAUGUGGAUUUACAAUUAGCCAUGAUAAUAAGCCAUUGUAAAAUAAUUAUUCGUGAACAUGCAUUCGGUUUGGAUGUUUUAUUGGUCUGGCAAGUAAAGGCCCAUUUACACAGGCGAUUUUUUGUACUAUUUUCGCAACAAUGUUAGGUGCAAUUUCAAAUCACCAAAGCCAACUACGGGCGACUUCGUGAUGGAUUUUUUUUUGCAACUCUUCAAACUGGCGAUAGAAACAUCUGCCAUGUUCGCGAAAGUAAUUCUUGCUCGGCGAUUAUACCAAUGCUGCAUUGCGUGAUUUCCGCAAGUCGAAAAAUACAAUUAAAUAUCCAUGUGCGGCCACCUCUCUAGCCUGCGUGGCAGGCGUUAAAAGGGGAAAGAGAAUUUGGGAGCGCGAGAGCGCGUGGUCUCGCUCCCUAAUUCCCUGUCCCUUCCGUUUCGAACGUUUGCCACGCAUGCUACCACCUCUCGUAAUCGACCUCCUCCCACAAGCGACCGCAGAUCCAAAACCUCCAGUCAAUGCCCUUUGGUUGGAACCUCUCGUAAAAAAACCGUCUCUCGUAAGCGACCGCGUGCACUAUUUAAGAUGACGAUUUUCUUAUUUUAGAUUUUUCUAACCUUUUAAAAGCGACCAGGAUUGACACAUGUUCUGAUCUCUAGUGUUGGCUUUACGUACUAUGCUACUCAGAAUAUUGCCUAGUCCCUAGGCCUCAUUAUUCCGCGCGGCCAAUGCGUUUCGGCCCACGUGGUCCGAGCGAAGAAGUGAGGCGUUUCCCACCCGUUUGCCUCGGAUACGUCACCGAAUUGAAUUGACCAAGAUGGCGCGGGAAAACGACGUACAGGGACUAGGCAACUCAGAAUAUACG